UCGUCUUUUGCAUCUCAUGCAACAAAAAUAAUUUAUGAAGAGUCGUGCUAUAUAGCUUAUAUUUAAUGUAGAAUAUUCAAUAGACCCAGAGUUGGUACGGUACAAGUGAAGUAACGUUAAGUGUGUCGUAGGACAAAACUAAUAUUGUGUCACCCCUGUUAUUCUUGGCCGCUGUGGAAGUCUAAAGUUCAUCAAUGCAGGCUCAACAGAAACUCACCGAUCGAGGUUCAAUGGCAUCCUGUCCAACACUUCACUGCUUUCUCAACAGUGAACUGUGGAAAGCAUCAAGCACUGACUGAAGAAUGGCAAGAUUUAGGCGCAAGUUUUGCAUCACAUUAGUUGCUUUGGUGUUGCUUGUGCUCAUAAUAACAGUGGUCUUGAAGACGCUUACACCAGAGGACUCUGUUGGUGUGGAGCUGUUACUGGACAAAAAGGAUGAGAACCAGCGAGAAAACAACAAGCCUGACCAGACCAAAAUGAAAGACCCUGCUCAGUCAGACAAAGAUGCAAAACUGGAGACUACACUGAGGAAGUUCCCUCCUCCUAACUACUAUCUCCAUGCCUUCUACUAUGCAUGGUAUGGGAACCCAAAGUUUGAUGGCAAAUAUAUCCACUGGGAUCACCCGCAGCUGCCACACUGGGACUUCAAGGUGGCUCAGGGGUAUCCACAAGGGAGACACAGCCCACCUGAUGACAUUGGGUCCAACUUCUACCCUUCUUUAGGGGCUUACAGUUCCAGGGAUCCCUCUAUUAUAGAGGCUCAUAUGCAGCAGCUGCGCACAGCAGCCAUUGGUGUCAUCGCUGUUUCCUGGUAUCCUCCUAAUACAAAGGAUGAUAAUGGGGAGCCAAUGGAUGACUUUGUGCCUUUGCUGCUGGAAGUGGCACAUAAAUACCAUAUUAAGGUACUGUUUCACAUUGAACCAUACAAAGGAAGAGAUGAAGUCAACAUGUUCACUAAUGUCAAAUACAUCAUUGAGAAAUAUGGAGAGCACCCUGCUUUCUUCAAGUACCGAACAAACACUGGCAAGCUUCUUCCACUCUUCUAUGUGUAUGACUCAUAUCUGAUGAACUCGGAGCAGUGGGCCAAACUUCUAAAACACACAGAAAGAAACAGCAUCAGGGAUACUCCGUAUGAUGCCAUUUUCAUCGCCCUGCUGGUUGAGGAGAAACAUAAACGGGAUAUUCUGACUGCUGGUUUUGAUGGUGUCUACACCUACUUUGCUACAAAUGGUUUUUCCUAUGGGUCCACUCAGCGGAACUGGGAAUCUAUUAAGUCUUUCUGUGAAGAUAACAACCUGAUAUUCAUCCCAAGUGUGGGUCCUGGUUAUAUUGACACAAGCAUUCGACCCUGGAACUUCCAAAACACGCGAAACCGCAUCAAUGGCAAAUACUAUGAAACCUCACUGAGUGCUGCAUUGCAAGCCAGGCCUGAUUUUAUCUCUAUAACAUCUUUUAAUGAAUGGCAUGAGGGGACUCAGAUUGAAAUGGCAAUUCCCAAAACAAGUCAGACUGUGUAUCUGGAUUACCUGCCCAAUAAACCUGCAAUUUACCUGGAGAUAACUCGCAAAUGGGCUGCGAUUUUUGGUGGCGAGAGACGGAAAUGGCAGGAAUGACCUGACCAAGAGCCGUAGUGAAUGUUUAUUCAUGGCUGAAUAAAAUAAUUACAUCAACGCUAAAUGAAGUUGUUGCAGAAUGCAAAACAAAAUGAAGACGAUGAAUAACUGAGAACGGGUAGUGAUGUAUGUGAUUUUUAUUUAUUUUUUUUAAACCUGGGAGGGGUAUUAUUGUUAAUUACACUGAUGUCUUUUUACUUCUUGUUUACACAGCCUUGAACAUUUUUGGAUUCAUAACGUAAUUGCCAUGUUUUAUCACUGUCUCCACUGUAUCCAGCUGAAACUGUGCAUAGGCAUGUUUUGCUGUCCUGUAAUCUGUUACUAUAUUAAACCUAGGUAAGAAAUGAAUAAAGUGCACUCUGGUAAAGUAGAAAGACACUAACAAAGCAAAAGCUGUCUCCUCACUCUGCUUCCAACUCUGCCUCAGACCAAAAAACAGUACAAGGAAAAAGCAUCACAUAGAUCUUGAUAUGUGAAAGGCAUGUCAACCUCAAGUCGGAGAUGAAUCAGUGAUGACAACAGCAGAGGGAUGAUAGUACAGCAGUUCAGUUAUUGAAACAGGCAAAGAGCCCAGAGAGAGUGGAUGGCAAAAUCAAGAUUUUUAUCUGUGGAAUAAUUUCUUGUUAAUGGAAGGAUACUGGUGUAUGCCUGGUACAUGUCAUGGUGUCAAAGUAGCAUGUUUCUGAAUGUGUCACAUAAAGACACUUUACCACCUCUCUUUUUUAAUAUUGGAUCUUCCUUGAUGCGAAUUUUGCAUAUUGGGAGGAAAUGUUUAAUUUCAUGUCACUGUUAUGGGAUUAAAAUGCAUGUGAUGAAA